GGGUAUCACAUGUAUAUCUAAUCUAUCAUUUCUUUAUCAAUCAAAUCACUUUAAUGGAUAGAAGAAGUUUGAAAACUUCUUGAGAUAACCUUUAAUAACGUUCUAAAACUACGUGUGGAAAGUUAUUUCACAUCCGUGCAUGUCCUUGUUACGAAGAAAUUUUUGAAUUUUAUAUUGCACAAAAUAAAGAUUGCUUAGAUUACUUUUGAAACAAUUUUGUAAGAAACUGAAUUUCAGCCUAUUAUAUACGCAGAGCGUAAAAUACUUUGAUUUCAUAUUUAAUAAAUUAAAUUAAUAUGUCCGCCAAACAAAUUUUUUCAUUAGUUUUCGUUAGAAACACAACGAACAUCCUACUAGGUUUAAAAAAACGAGGAUUUGGGCAAGAUAAAUGGAAUGGUUUUGGUGGCAAGGUGGAACCAGGAGAAACGAUUGUUCAAGGAGCCAUACGUGAAUUGAAAGAAGAAUGCGGCUUAUCUACACAAGAUUUAAAGAGAGUUGGUAUUUUAGAAUUUCAGUUUGAAGGAAAUGACAGCUUAUUAGAAGUUCAUGUCUUUGAGACAUAUAACUAUCAUGGAAAAGAAACAGAAUCUGAAGAAAUGCGACCAAAGUGGUUUAACUUGAAAGACAUUCCUUUCAAACAAAUGUGGCCGGAUGAUGAAUAUUGGUUCCCUUACAUGUUAAGAGGGGAAUUAUUCAAAGGAUACUUUUUGUACCGUGGUCAGGACCUAAUUAUUAAGCAUAAUAUUGAAACUUUGAAAGAAUUACCAGCAAUGGAUGUUCCUUAACAAUCACAGGUUUCAUUCACAACUUUUAUACAUUCAUUUACAUGUUAUAAUUUCAAUUAUUAAAAGCUCUACUUUCACAUUUUUAUAAUUAUAAUAACCCUGAUAGCCAUCUGCAUGCAGAUUGGCAGCAGAUUGGCAGCAGAUCUGAUUGAAUCUGUCUACAAAUCUGUUUCCGCAUUUGGCUGCGUUUCUGCAAACAGAACCUGCCGACAGAAUCAUAUAGCAGAUUGGCGUCAGAAACCGAGCAGAUCCCGCUAACAUAACCGGUUGCCAAAUUAGCGGCAGAAACAAAACAGAGUCUGCGCGCAGAAAGGCAGCAGAUUGGCAGCAGAUCCUGCAACUUCAUUGGUCCCUUUAAAAUUUAAAUGGCCAAAGUUGCAGGAUCUGCUGCCAAUCUGCCGCAAAUCUGCCAUCACUGUCUGUGCACUGACUCUGUUCUGUUUCUGCCUCCAAUUUGGCAACAGAUUAUGUUAGCAGGAUCUGCUCUGUUUCUGACGCCAAUCUGCUUUAGCAGGGUUUGUUACAUUUCUGCCGCCAAUCUGCUGCAAUAACUGUAUUUAACAGAUCCUGCAUCAAAUCUGUAGCCAUUCUGCUUACAAAACCAUGUAACAGGAAUCCGACAGAAUCUGCUAUGCGCAGGUUUGACUAUCAGGGAAGUUUGGCUCUUCGCUAGUUCAAUAAUUUUUUUAGUACUGAAACUAUCUUGGAAUUAUCAUUAUUUCUUAUCACUUUAUAAUUCUAAAUUAUACAGAAAAUGAUUUUUAAGCAAAAAAUUAUAAAAAUAUGUACGUACUACAGUAAUUGUACUUUCAACUUAAUAAGUGUAAAAACGUACGUAUUAAACUAUUUGCAUGUACAAAAUAUUUAUUCAUAUUUUAGAGAUCAUGAAAUAAAUUUUUAAAUUGUA